AUGCCCGCCAAAUAUGAGCAUGAAGAUGCCACAAACACGUUCUGGGCAAGGUCAAUGGUUGAAUUGGCCCGUAUUAUCAGAAUCAUCUGCCACAACAUCUAUCAUCCCACGACCAGUCUUUCUCCGAGGCACAAAUUCGAAUUUGCACAAAAGCUCGAAGCCGCCCUCUUGCAAUGGAAAGCCAAGAUCCUACCGAUUUUCGACCUGGGCAAGACGACUCUGAUGGAGAGUGAGUCCACCACGAAGCGAAAGUUGAUUGCAAAGCUACGCUUUCAUCACACACGGAUACUUCUCCAUCGUCCCUUUCUCGUGUUGGCGGUCCGUCAGAACGACUGUGCAUCGUACGCAGAGAGCGUUGAUGCGUGUCUCGACGCUUGCAAACAGAUCAUUCGACUUCUGUACGAUACUUUCCUGAAUCGACCGUUCUUCCGAACGUGGUGGUGCAAUGCAACCUAUGUGUUCGGAGCGGUCGUCACGGUACUCUACGCAAAAACGCUUCCCGCUCACGACCACAAUGAGAGUCUGACCAAAGUGUUGGGGAAUGCUUUGGACAUCUUGCAAGCCAUGCAAGGCGUCCCAUGGAUCGCCGAGUUAUCUCGACUGACUCAAGAAAUAUGGCAGGUCGUACAAACAUUGGCUUCUGGCCAACCGGGUACACCACGAAUCUCUCCCGACAACGAGCAACUCCCGUCGGCUUCGCCGCGCCGGUCGUCCACGUGGCCCUUUCCGGACGAAGACGUGUUUGGAAGUUUCGCCGAACUGCAAGAAGAGCAGUUUCCCAGUUCUCUCGAAGGGAAUCCUUUUGGUGGACUGAGCGACUUCUUUACGGAUUCGGAACUCAAUAUCCCGUUCAUACAGAACUAG